AAAAAAUAAUGACAAGUCACUGUCCUUUUUAAACUGUGAAAUGCUGGAAUUCUUCUGAAUUGUUCGAGCAAUGAAGCUCGAAUAGAAAGGCUGAUAGAAUGCGAUAUUUACAAAGUAUGGUAGUAAUAAUUAAAUCUCUCUAUUUGUUUUUAUUUUAUAGCAUUUGAAAAUGAGAGAAACAGAUAUAUGUCAGAAACGCACGGCUGUGCAGUUUUUCAAACAGUUUGUGCGUAGCUUUGUGACGCCUUACCAGCAAUCGCAACAGCCACCACGAGCUCCAGAUGUACUCAGAUAUUUAAAGCCGUUCAGUUGUGAAUGGUUGUCCCGGCCAGAAAUUGCUUUAUCAGAAUAUUCGGAAGCAAUUUCAUCAAAUAUGGCUGUACUAAGUGUGUUCAAGAAAACAGUGAUUAGCAAAAAAGUGGUGAAAAAACUAGAGGCCAAGUUUAAUCCGUUGGCAAGCGAGCUGAGAAACCUGAAUCGAAAGAGCAACUCAUCGCCAACUUCCGAUAACGCAAAAGUCGUGCUAAAAAGCAUUAUCGACAAUGACGAGGAGUUUGAUCAUACAAUUAAUAAUUUAUUUCAAGCAGCAAAUGCAAUAUUUUGCAUAGCAGCAAAUCAGGUCGUAGCACGCUCUCUUCUCCGCAAUCCUAAUGCCUAUUCAGGAAUAAUCGAAGUUUCCAACGAAAUUGGUCAAGAAUUUCAAAAUAAAGGCGAUGUAAAGGCAAUGAAAAGAUACUUGCUACAAGAAUUUUCAACGGACACAACUAAUGAUACCCCAACAAGCGAUAUCUUAAGAGAACUUGACUCGACAAGCGAAGACUCUUCGUCGGAAAGCAUUUCAGUGAGUGAAUCCUCAUCAGAAUCGCUGACUCGUAGCAGGAAAAGAAAGGUCAUCCAGGAAACAGAAAAAUUCUCCUCAUCGCCAGAGAUCAAAAAAGUGCGAAAGUCACCCGAGAAAACCCCAACCACUAACAGACAACCGGCCGAAGGUGGAACGUCUACGCGUGCAAAGCCCUCAGCACGAAGGCCCUGGGGACGAGGUUGGUACAAAGCAAAGAAGCGAAGGGAGAAGAAAAGAAGAGAAUAGUCUACCAUUGGUAAAAGCCGCAGAAAAUAAAAAACAGAAAAAGAAGACAAACGCCACGACACGCUUAUGAUUUUUCUUUGUGUUUUGCUCCUGAAAUAUUAAUGAGUUUUCUAAGUUAUGUUAUGUUAUGUUAUGUUAUGUUAUGUUAUGUUAUGUUAUGUUAUGUUAUGGUUUAAUUGUGUUUCAUUUUGAGUAUGCCAAAAUUAACUAAGGAUCAAAGAGUUUGGAUUUUCUUAGAGCAUGCAAGAUUCCAAAACGCGGCAGAAGUUAGAACACGAUGACCGGGUCGCUGGGGUAACAUUCCUGCGAAUCCUGCCCCGACAAAACGAACAAUUAGCGCAACGUACAAAACGUUUUUGCAUGAAGCGCCAUGCCACGACGCUAUGGUCUCGGUCAAUUUUUUAUAAAUAUACAACUGUAAUAUAUCAAAAUCUAAGUUAGCCCUUCCUGUAUGUAAUAAAAUAUAUUUGAGUGUAAUUUCAGAGUUAUUAAGAAUCAAAC